UUUGUUUACAAAGGCGAUUUCUCAGUACAUUUCUGGCGCGUCGUUUUGAAACAAGGAUAUCACAGUUCAUGAAAGAUGUCUGGUGCCCUUUUUGACCUAGAUAGGUUAGAGGCCAAUGCAAGGGAGGUGGAGCGAAGUCAGAAAGAGGUUGAACUGGCGGACAGGAAGUCCCACCACCUGCAACAGAAGAUACUCACUUUACAAGCUCGUCGGAACGAACUCCGCACCCAGCUGCCACAGGUUACAUCUCAGCCUCCUGACCUGGAAGCCGCCACUAAAGAGGGCAAGAAACUGAUGUCUGCCCUGAAGAAACUCCGGCAGCUACAGGAGAUCCAGAAGCUCUACAGGCUGACAGGUGUUUCAGUUCAAGAAAAGACUGAGAACAAGCUUAUGUUACGGUUUGACACCAGUUACAACCAUGAAUAUGUUGAUGAACACUACAUAGAGCUGAUCCGCAGCAAGAAACAAGAUGGCUACCAAGUGUCCCACCACACACUGCCAGCUUUCAUACCCUUGUCCCAGCUUGAGGUACAUCUGGAGACGGAGAUCAAGGUCUUCGUGGACACAGUUAGGGAGUAUCUGCAGGCAUUUGUCAUCCGGCGCGGCCAAGUCAAGAUGUUGGAGACUGAACUGGCUGAAAUUCUCCGAAGUGAGAUUGAGACGAGUUUCCCGGUGGACUAUGUGAGCAUGUCUCUACAGUCAGCAGACGAUGUACCUAUCAGAAUAACACUGUGCUACACUGACCUGCGGUCUGCACACCCAGAUAAAGCAGAGGUCAGCCCUAUAGAGACUCCAGUGGUGAUCGACUGUCUCCGUGGUCUAGAGGAUAAAGCGUUUGCCUCCGUGAUCUAG